CACCAUCGAUCGUGGACAUUGCUCCUUUUUAAACGAGCCGCAAGCCACCGCGACCAGCCCGAGUCUUCAUCGUCUCUCGACUCCCCCCUCCUUCAGCAGCCAGCACUUGACGACGAGACGAGACCUAGGGGAGCCGCGAGACAGGCGGUCCGAAGCGAGAACAAACCCGCGCCCACCACGAGGUUCUGCCUUUUGAGGCCAACCAAACCUGGCCAACUGCCAUGGACCUGGUGGGAUCACUGUUGAUAAACAUGACCCGCUGGGUUGACCCUUCUGGGAUUGAAUUCUUCGGGUGGCUCAUCACAGUCGGUUCCUUUGGCCUGGCCGCGCUCAUCUACGGUCUCCUCAGGUUGCAGAGGGAGGCGUCGCUCUACUGGCUCAAGGCGGCCACCAGGGAGAAGAAGGCUGCGUCCAAGGCGCUACGGUGCCCCUGCUCAAGCCAUACCUGGACUGUGGACUGCUUCCGUGUUGGCCAACCUUCGACGUGCUGUGUGUGCCUGUCGUUGCUGGGCUCGCCUCAGGGUGUAGGCUCGAGGGCCCCUGAUGCUGAUGUUGUUUGCCGGUGCUCUGUGUGUGGAGUGGCGGCUCAUUGGUACUGCUUACAGGGCGCUGACAAGGACUGUAAGUGUGUCACGCAGGCUGGUGCUUCCACUUUGCUGCAUCACUGGUCGGAGAGGUGGGUGGAGAUGGACGAUAGCACGGAGAUAUCAACCUUCUGUUAUUACUGCGAUGAGCCCUGUGGUGUGCCAUUCCUUGGCGUCUCUCCUAUAUGGCGCUGUCUUUGGUGCCAGAGGCAGAUCCAUGUCGAUUGUCAUGCAAAGCUGUUGAAGGAGACGGGGAACACUUGUGAUCUUGGCCUGCUCAGUAGACUUAUUGUUCCACCUCUAUCGGUGAAACAAGUUGGUCAAGGUCCGGCAACCGGUGGAGUGUUCAACUCAAUCAAAGAAGGGUUUGUCACUUCUUCAGUUAGGGGUCGGAUUAGAAGGCCCCGCAGCAAGAAACGCAUGAAGAAUCAGUCUGGUGUUAAGACAAUUCCGAUUUCCGCAGACAGUUCAAUUCUCGACUCUGUUCUUGAAGGAUUUGCUAGACUGCAGAACCUGAAUGGAAAGUAUACUCUGGCAAACCCCAAGUUAUCUGGAAACACUCUCAAGCAAACACGUGGAUCUGACAUUACUAACGGAGAGGAAAAGAAGUAUGAGCUUGUAAAUUUGCCACAAGAUUCGAGGCCGCUGCUUGUUUUCAUCAACGGCAAGAGUGGGGGCCGUAAUGGGCCUUCUCUUAGAAGAAGACUGAACAUGCUGCUGAAUCCCAUACAGAUAUUCGAGCUAAGCGCUUCUCAGGGUCCUGAAGUUGGAUUGCAACUAUUCCAAAAUGUAAAACACUUCAGAAUUCUUGUUUGCGGUGGGGAUGGAACUGUGGCAUGGGUUCUUGAUGCCAUAGAGAAACAGAACUAUGAAUCCCCUCCCCCUGUUGCCAUUCUUCCGCUAGGAACAGGAAAUGACCUAUCACGUGUUACCCGCUGGGGUGGAGGUUUGUCUUCUGUUGAAGGACAAGGGGGAAUAUGUGCACUUUUAAAUGGCAUUGAUCACGCAGCAGUUACGGUUCUUGAUCGCUGGAAUGUAGCCAUCAAAGAGACGAAUGGGGCACAAGGUCAAUGCACCAAGCAAGUAAAAUUUAUGACUAAUUAUCUAGGUAUAGGAUGUGAUGCCAAGGUUGCAUAUGAUUUCCACACAACUAGGGAGGAAAGGCCAGAUAAAUUUAGCAGUCAGUUUGUGAACAAGCUGAUAUAUGCUAGAGAAGGCGCUAAGGAUAUGAUGGAUAGGUCAUGUUCCGAUUUACCAUGGCAUGUUAGCCUUGAAGUUGAUGGAAAGAACAUUGAAAUUCCAGAGGAUGCAGAAGGUGUGAUCAUUCUGAAUAUAGCUAGCUACAUGGGUGGUGUUGAUCUUUGGCAAAAUGACAAUAAUCAUGACGAUGAUUUCAGUUCACAAUCAAUGCAUGACAAAAUACUUGAGGUGGUCUGUAUAUCUGGGACAUGGCAUCUCGGCAAACUGCAGGUAGGACUAUCGAGAGCACAUCGGCUAGCCCAAGGAAGAGUUAUAAGAUUUCACCUGCACAGUUCAUUCCCUGUUCAGGUUGAUGGUGAACCAUGGAUCCAGCCACCUGGGUGCCUUGAGAUAUCUCACCGUGGACAGAUGUUCAUGUUGAGGAGGCCAUCUGAAGAGCCCACUGGGCAUGCUGCGGCAGUCAUGAGUGACGUCCUUGUGAAUGCAGAGUGCAAUGGUGUUAUUGACGCUGCUCAGAAGAGAUUGCUCCUCCACGAGAUAGCACUCCGUUUAUCCUCCUGACAGUCCAUACUGCCCUCUCCCCUCAGAAAUCUAACACUGUUGAUACCAAACCCUUUUGUGUUGAGAAGUCCCUUUUGCACAGAUGAAAAGGCAUGUGGUAGAUGUUGAUGUAUACAACGAGGGAAUGGAAGGUUUCCCACGCUUAUGGUUGACUGUACCUUUUUCUGAAUUUGGAUAGGUUGGUUGCUUCUUUGUUGGCUGGGGUGCCAGUUGAAGUGGCUAUCAAGGUGAGAAAGAAUCCCAGAGAAUUUUGUAGAGACCUUAGGGCACCCUAAUUGCAUGUACUGCUUUUGUAAGUGUCUUCAACAACAAGGCAUAGCUUUGCAGCUAGCGUCUAAAAUUUUGUGUUGUUGUAUUGAAGAAGCUCAUGGUGGUAUUCCUGCUGAUUA